CUUUAGCUUUCUCUCUCAUCGACACACACACAGACAACACAGUUUCUCCAUUUUCAGUGAACUUCUCUUCUUCAAAAACCCCACACCCCCCCUUAAACAAACACACCCCACUUCUCCCAUUUCUGGGUUUUGUUCUCUGAAUUGAGUUUUGCCAUUUUCUUGGUUUUUUUUCUCGAAUUUUUUGACUUUGAUUUGAAGAAUUUGGAGAAUUUUGAAGUUUUUUUUUUUGGAAUUGUGUUGAUGAAAUUCGUAUCGAAGAUAUAAAAUGGAGAACUCGGCUGCUGCAUCUGAUGAGCCUCAGAAGAAGCGUCCUCAUCUCAAUUCUGUUUUUUCCUCACCCACCAUGGCUCGCCAUUUGAAAACUUCUUCAGAUAACAAAGAUGUUGAUGCUGCAGUUCUCCAGCAUCAAAAUCAGAAACUAGUACAACAGUUAGAUGCACAGAAGCAUAAGUUGCACGAUCUUGAAGCCAAAAUGAAAGAAUUAAGGGACAAACAAGCAUCUUAUGAUGACUUCUUGGUUACAUUAAAUCGGAUCUGGAAUCAGCUAGAUGAUGAUCUGAUUAUCCUUGGGGUACACAGUAUGGCGGACCAAAUUUCUCUGCAAAGCUUGGAUCAUCAAGAUUAUUCUGGAGGUUCAAUUCCAUCUUGUCCUGCGGAGGAGAUAUUCCUGUGUAGGGUGUUGAAAACCAAUGCCAUUCCAGGCAAUGCCAAUGAUGUAUCCAUUGUGAAUAUCAGAGAAGCUCUUGAUUUACGUCACUCUUCUACUCUUGAGUUGAUGAAAUCAUUGGAAAAUGCCAUUGAUGCUCAGCGAAUUAAAACUGAAAAUUUGGCUCAUCUGUUGGAAGGAAAGACAUCUGCAGAAGAUGGUAUCAUUAUUCUCAGUAAGAUUGAUGAUAUGAUGAAAGAAGAGGCUAAUUAUCUCCAUCAAGUGAUUGAUGUUCUUCAUUUGAAACACAAAGCAUAUGCCGAUGCAAUUGAAGCUUGUAAUCAAAGGCAGUCAGCAGAUCAGUCUGAGUUAAAACGUCUUGAAGGUGAGCUGGAGGAGAGCAUGACAGAACUUGAAGAUAGCAGAAGAAAGCUAGUUACUUUGAAAAUGCAGAAAGAUGUGGCAUGUGGGGGGCAGGAAACAAUUUCAAGUGCAGUUAAUGGGAGUAUGUCACCUGAGAAGCAUACAGACCGAACAAAAGGUGUACGGGAACUGAAGGAGUCUAUAGAAGAGGCAAAGAUACUGAAAGAGGACCGCCUCUCUGAGCUUCACGAUGCCCAGGAAGACAAUCUACAUUUGUCAAAGCAGUUGCAAGAUCUUCAGAAUGAACUAAAGGACGAUAGAUAUGUGCAUUCGUCUCGUGCUUAUACCUUAUGCAAUGAUCAGCUUCACCAUUGGAAUUCUGAGGCAGAACGAUACAAAGCUCUGGCAGACUCUCUGCAGGCUGACAGGUCUUUCAUCGGACGAAGAGAGAAAGAACUGGUUCUAAAAGCAGAGGCUGUGGAUGCAGCAAAGAAAGCAGUUGAUAACUCCGAGUCAAGAAUUGAGGAAUUGGAGCAUCGCAUGCACCAAUAUAUAGUUGAAAAGAAUGAGCUGGAAAUCAAAAUGGAAGAAGCUAUUCAAGAUUCAGGAAGGAAAGACAUUAAAGAGGAGUUUCAGAUAAUGGGCUCUGCUUUAUCAAAAGAAAUAGGAAUGAUGGAAGCUCAGGUGAAUCGUUGGAAGGAGACGGCUCAAGAAGCUGUUUCUUUACGGGAAGAAAGACGGUCACUGGAAACUUCUUUGGAAAGAAAGGUUAUUGAGCACAAAGAUUUAAUUGGUAAAUGUGCUCACCAGACUGGAGAGAUCCGAACACUAAAGGAACUUGCUGAGAAGAUGCAGAGGGACAAACAGGAACUUGAGAUCUUUUUGGAAAUGCUUGGCCAGCAAAUUUAUGACAACAGAGAUAUAUCGGAAAUUAGAGAGUCAGAGAGAAGAGCUCACUCGCAAGCUGAAAUUUUAAGAGCUGCUCUGAAUGAACAUGAUCUGGAAUUGAGAGUGAAAGCUGCUAAUGAAGCUGAGUCUGCUUGUCAGCAGAGGCUUUCUGCUGCUGAGGCAGAAAUUGCAGAACUAAGGGCUGAACUGGAUGCUUCUGACAGGGGUGUUUUAGAGCUAACAGAGGCGAUAAAAAUAAAAGAAGGGGAGUCUGAAACCUAUAUAUCUGAGAUUGAGACGAUUGGUCAAGCCUAUGAAGACAUGCAGACACAGAAUCAACAUCUUCUUCAGCAGUUGGCAGAGAGGGAUGAUUAUAAUAUAAAGUUAGUUUCUGAGAGCGUGAAGAUAAAGCAGGAACAAAGCUUACUUCUCUCACGGAAGCAGGUAUCAACAGCACAACUUCAACAGUCUAAAACAUCACUUGAAUCUCUGAAAAUGAGGAUAACUCAAAGUGAAGACCAGAUGAAAGUUCACAUUACAGAAGCUUUAAGUUAUACCCAAGAAGAUAGACAUCUUGCACUCCUCCUGGAAACUACAAAGAGGGAAUCGGGAGAUGCGGAAAAGGAAUUGAAGUGGCUGAGGUCUGCUGCUUUAUCUGCCGAGAAGGAAUAUGAACAGCUCCACAGAAAGCUGGAUGAAUUUCAGAAGGAGAGGGAAACUGAAAGGAGUGAGAAAAAGAAGCUUGAUGAAGAUCUUGUGGAGUUGAGUAAUACUGUUGAUGAGUUAACUUCUGCAAGUGGGGAGGCUGCAGUACAAAGACUGCAAGAUGAGAUCAAUGAUUCCAAGGCUAUUCUCAAAUGUGGAGUGUGUCUUGAUCGGCCAAAAGAGGUUGUAAUCACAAAAUGUUAUCAUCUGUUCUGCAAUCCAUGCAUCCAGAGAAACUUAGAGAUCCGUCAUCGCAAGUGUCCUGCUUGUGGAACCGCUUUUGGGCAAAGUGACAUUCGUUUUGUGAAAAUCUGACCAAAACUCGGUCAGCUCGCUAAACAUGUACAUGAUAUGUGUCUUUGAGGGUGUCGUUCGAUAAGCCUUACUAGGUUCAACAGUUUACACCCCUGUGAAGAAUCAAGUUCUAGCUUUUGUUUUU